UCCACUUAAAAAUUUUGGUGUCUUGCAUCCUACAUAUUUGAUAAUUUGCUUAUAUGUGUUAGAAGUGAUUUUCAUCCAUUAAUUUUUUAUAUAUUAUUAAUCCCACUGAUUUGCACAUAGAAGUAAAAGUUGCGUGGUUUUCCAACAUUCCUCCACCGUUGCAAAUCUACUCUAGAAGAUGCGACUAUUUCUAUUCAGCCACAGCUCCCAAAUGAUUAAGCGUGGAACAAUUCCUUUCACGCGACUCGGCCGGGAAGAGUUGCGAGCUGCUCCGCACCAAAGGAGAAUUCUUUGGUGAAUUGGCUGCUUAUGUGUGGACUGGAUAUAAAAAAUUCUACCAAAUUGCUCCGAGACUGAUGAAGCUAGGGAGCAUUAGCUGAAUAAGUGGUUUGAUCCUUCCACUGCACUUGAGAUAACAUUGGAGGCCAUACCUGCAUGCACAGCUGGUUGAUUGCUAUGAUCAAGCUCUGCUUGAUGAUGGUAAUGAGAUUCAUCAGAUCUCCCAUUAAGCUGGCUACCAACCAUUUCCUGGACCUAGGUUAAACUUCCCCGUCACUCUGGACUUGGGAUGUUUCUUGAACCUUCACUUACAUGAGCCCGUCUUUUUAAAAAUUUUGCGCCAAGACUAUAUCAGGUAUACAGCAAGGGCAUAUCGAUGGAAAGGAGAUGACUGACCUCUGAAUGGAAGAUUCUACCGAGACUGCACCAUUUAGAACUCUUCAAGAAAAACUUAAAAUUUUUGGAAUGAAUUUGUUCCAAAUCCACUUGGACCACAGGUUUCUUUCCCUUGACAAACAAAUCUGAUUCCAAGCUUGCUUCGUGCUGAAUUGUCCCGAUGUCAAUCUAACCCAUAUGAGUGAAGGUUCCACUAGCUAUCCAAAUAAGAUCCCCAGAAAAUAGAAUCUAUGUUUCAAUAGCCCCCAAGAAAUCAUUGCGGACCUAUUAUUGGAUAAUCAUUACAAUUUUCUUUUCCUUUAUUUUCCUUUAUUUUGCCUCAAUCCAAACAUGCCCUCCGAAGAAGAAGAAAAAAAGAAGAUCCAAAGGAUGAUCCAAUCUGGGAAUUUUUUAGUUCAUUCCUGCACUGUUGGCAAAUUAGAUAACAAGCUAGACUACCAAGGCCCACUCUGAGUACACAAUUGGGAGCCUCAGAACUGGGCCUGUUUGAUUUUCCAUGAUACAGGUAAAUCACGGUAAAUAAGUAAUUAUUACUUUUUUUCACAUGGUUUGAAAAUGUGAAAGUAAUUCCAUAUCGAAAAUUGAUACAAAAAUGUUGACUUAAAUCCGUGGACCCCACCGUAAUCUAUAUGAUACAUCCGCACCGUCCAUCUAAUUUAUUAAAACAGUUUGGUGCAUGAACCGAAAAAUGAGGCAGAUUCAACAUUCAAAUGGCCCACCUGAAAGGAAACAGUGGUCUUCAUUCAUCCACCAUUGAAAGUUGUUUCUUUCAUGGGGCCCAUAUUGAGGUUUUUUCAUCAUCUAACCUGUUCAUAGGGUCACACAGACAUGGAUAAGUAGAAAACACAAAUAUCAGCUUGAUCAAAAACUUAUAAGGACCCCAAGAAGUUUUUAAUGUUCUUGAAAAUCCAGGAAUUACGCAAAUAUUUGAUACACGCCAUGAAAAUUACUGAACCUCCCAUAGGCUUCUGGAUAAACCCCGACCGAUUCAUAGACGAUUUCAUCUUCCUGUGCUUCUUCUUGGGAAAUGAUUUUUUGCCUCCACUGCUUUCGUUGGAAACUCAUGAGAAUGCUGUGGAUUUGCUAAUGGUUGCUUACAAGAAGAACUUCAAAAGCAUGGGUGGAUAUCUAAUCGAUACACAACAAUUGCAUGAGAAGCAUGCCGCCUGUAUAAACAGCAAAGGAGUACAACGGCUUAUGGGUGAUGUUAGUUCUUUUGGAGGAAAAGAAUUAAAGGGACAGGAGUUUGAAAAAUAUGUGGAAGGCCUAUAUUGGGUCCUUUGCUAUUAUUUUGGAGGAGUAUGGUCGUGGAGCUGGUAUUACGGUAAACAUGAUGAUGCUACAUGUCCUUCCGAAAGCGCCGACGCACUUCCAGAAGCAGAUAAGGCCCCAAUGAUUUGUUCAGAAUCAAAUGUCCACCCCCCUGGUUCCAAUGUUGACAAAGAUGAAAAGCAGAAUAUGCCGCAGGACGAAGAAGUUCGAAGGAAAGCUGUUGCGCACGAAAUGAUUUUUGUUCAGGCCAGUCAUGAUUUAGGACCACAAGUCGCUUCUCUUUAUCAUGGAUUUGUCCAUGCAUCAGGGAAUGAGCAGAUCAUAAACAAAAUUACCAUUGACAGUGAGAAAAGUGAUGGCUUGAAUGGUUUUCUUAUGAGAUGCAACAAGCAAGUGUGCAUAGAUGAUGAUAGCAGCUCUCUUUUGAAGGGGAUGGAGAAGAAUGAUGUCGUAUGUGCAAUUUUCGAGAACCCACUGUUUGAUCAUCAUAAUCCUGAGCCACCUAAACAUGUUACAAUGCCUGAAAAGAUCCAAUUCUCAGAGUCCAGAAGCACAAGGAAAGGACUCGAGGGCUUACAGGAGUGAUAACCGGAGAUCCACUUCUCAGCCUCUGGCAACACCAGGACAUGGCUCGAGGGCUGAUGUGAGUGAUAAGUGGAGACCCACUCCUCAGCCUCCGGCAGCACCACGAAAUGGCUUGAGGGCCGACAAGAGUGAUAACAGGAAAUCCUCUCCUCAGCCUCCGGCAGCACCACGAAAUGGCUCGAGGGCUGACGAGAGUGAUAACUGG